UUUCUAAUUGGUAUAUUUUGUGUCUUUCCACUGCUGUUUUUCCAGGAUUUUGGAAAAGGAGCACCUCGCUGCGACUUAGUGUCAGCACUGCUAGAAAAUAACUGUGAUCGAAACCAGAUUGAGUACCCUAGCAGUGAGGUCAAGACUCUGGUGGACAGACCGCUGAGUGACAAGGGCUCAGAAGGAGACAUCACCCAAAUGACACCACAGAAGAUUGAACUGCACCUGAGACCAGAUGAUUCCAAGAUCUUCACAAUUCAAGUACGGCAGGUGGAAGACUAUCCAGUGGACAUCUACUACCUUAUGGAUCUGUCUUAUUCUAUGAAGGAUGAUUUGGGAACCAUCCGAAACUUAGGAACUCAACUGGCUGACAGGAUGCACAGAGUAACCAGUAAUCUCCGCAUUGGCUUUGGGGCAUUUGUUGAUAAGCCCAUGUCACCUUACAUGUAUAUGUCUCCACCAGAAGUCAUCACAAACCCCUGCCUAGAGAUAGGUACCACCUGCAAGCCCACUUUUGGCUAUCAGCACAUUUUGGCCCUCACAGACCAGGUUGAGAGAUUCAAUCAGGAAGUUGCAAAGCAGGAUGUUUCCCGAAACCGCGAUGCUCCAGAAGGUGGAUUUGAUGCCAUCAUGCAGGCUGCAGUAUGCGAUGAAAGGAUUGGCUGGAGGAACGAGUCAUCCCAUCUGCUGGUUUUCACGACAGAUGCUAGAACGCACAUUGCCCUGGAUGGACGUCUUGCAGGAAUUGUUCGCCCCAAUGAUGGACAGUGCCAUCUUGGAGAUAGCAAUUCUUACACACUGUCUACUAUUUUGGACUACCCAUCCAUUGGACUCAUGACUGAAAAACUUUCCCAAAAAAACAUCAACCUUGUUUUUGCCGUCACUAAAGAAGUCUCGGAUCUCUACAAGGAAUAUAGUGAGUUAAUUCCCGGGACGACAGUGGGUACAUUAUCCACAGAUUCAGGAAACGUGAUUCAGCUGAUCGUAGAUUCCUAUGAGAAGAUCCGAUCCAGGGUGGAGCUGGAAGUCCGUGAUCUUCCCGAGGAGCUGUCACUCUCAUUCAAUGCCACUUGCACCAACAAUGAGGUCACACCAGGCCUAAAAUCCUGCUCUGGGCUCAAGAUUGGGGAUACCGUGAGUUUUUCCAUUGAAGCCAAAGUUCGAGGCUGCCCCGCAGAGAGGGUGAAGACAUUUACCAUCAAACCUGUGGGGUUUAAAGAUUCCCUGACUGUGACUGUACAUUUCCAGUGUGACUGUAACUGUCAGCAGCAUGAUGAGCAAAAUAGCAAUUCAUGUAAUAUGGGAAAUGGGACCCUCAGUUGUGGAAUCUGUCAGUGUUACUCAGGCUGGUUGGGACCACGCUGUGAAUGCUCCGAGGAGGAGUAUGAUCCCUCACAACAAGACCGCUGCAGCCAAAAAGACAAAGGCAUCCUCUGUUCCCGGAGAGGAGAGUGUGUGUGUGGCCAAUGCAUUUGUCACACCAAUGACUUCGGCAAAGUGUGGGGGAAAUACUGUGAAUGUGAUGACUUCUCCUGUCUGCGGUACAAGGGCGAGAUGUGCUCAGGGCACGGGCAGUGUAACUGCGGUGAUUGUAUCUGUGAAUCCGACUGGUCUGGCGAUAACUGUAACUGCACCACGCGCACAGACACCUGUAUGUCCAGCAGUGGGCUCUUGUGCAGUGGUAGGGGGGGGAGUGCAUCUGUGGCAAGUGUGACUGCACCCAGCCAGGCUCCUACGGGGACACCUGUGAAAAAUGUCCCACCUGUCCUGAUGCCUGCACCUUUAAGAAGGGCUGUGUAGAGUGCAAAAAGUUUGAGCGUGGCCCUUGGAAAAAUGAAUCCAUGUGCAAGAGAAUUUGCCGAGAUGAGAUUGUACAUGUACAGGAACUUGUUGACAAUGGGGAGGAUGCGGUGAACUGCACUUAUAAGGAUGAGAAUGACUGCGUGGUCAGGUUCCAGUACCACGAGGACUCCAGUGGGAAGUCUGUGUUGUAUGUCAUCAGUGAAGAAGAAUGCCCUCAGGGUCCUGACAUCCUUGUGGUUUUAAUGUCUGUAAUGGGAGCCAUCUUACUAGUGGGCUUGGUAGCAUUGCUUAUUUGGAAGUUGCUCAUCACCAUCCAUGACAGACGUGAGUUUGCCAAAUUCGAAGAGGAGCGAGCGAAAGCUAAGUGGGACACGGCUCACAACCCUCUCUACAAAGGAGCCACUUCGACCUUCACCAAUAUAACAUACCGUGGAAAUCCCGAAUGA